CAGCAUUGCUCGCUGGAACUCAUUCUUUUUGUUUAGUUUAAAGGGACCAGCUUUGUUCUCUUUGAAGAUAGAGAAGCGGGGAGAGAGUGAGAGAGAGAGAGAGAGAUUUUGUGGGGGAUGUGCAUAGACUACAGAAAAAUCAAGUUUAUCAGACGGGAGAGGGGCUGCAAACAAUGAGAUUUUUUGAAAUGGUUAGUUCAUUUGCUCCCCAAUGAUUGACAUACCUUGAAACACAAAGAAAUUCUCAAGGAAAAAGAAAGAGUAAAAGAGGAAGAAGAUGAAGUCCAUGAAUGACAACAACAAUGGCAACGAUAGCAAUACUAACUGGUUAGGUUUCUCUCUUUCGCCCCAGAUAAAAAUGGAGGUUACUUCAGACCCACAUCAUCAUCAUCAGUUCAAUCAUCAACCUCAAGCCUCACCUAUCACUGCUGUUCCAACUAGCUUUUAUCUCUCUCCUCCACACUUAAACAGCUCUGCAAUCUGUUAUGGUGUUGGAGAAAACAAUGGCUUCUACUCUCCCUUGUCUGUUAUGCCUUUUAAAUCAGAUAGUUCUCUUUCUAUCAUGGAAGCACUCAGUAGAUCACAACAAGAAGGGAUGGUGCCAAAUUCAACCCCUAAGCUAGAGGACUUUUUGGGUGGUGCAACAAUGGCACUGAGCCUAGACAGCAUGUAUUACAACCAAAAUGAUGGGCAAGAAAACAACAGACAACACUGUCUAGACCUUAUCCAUCAAGAACCAUUUAGGCAAAACCAGAGAGAGAUUGAAGUUCAUCAUCACCACCCAUAUUAUUCUGAGCUUUCAUGCAAUGAUGGGUUGUACCAGACUCCAUUGGAGGAAGAAGAAAGCACUGAGAUCUCUACAAUGGCUGGUCAUCACUACUAUUCAGAGCUGAGCAACAGUAUGCUUGGUGAUGGAGGUGCUUCUGGGAACUUACAGUCUCUAAGCUUGUCAAUGAGCCCUGGCUCUCAGUCAAGUUGUGUCACAGCCCCAAGACAGAUCUCACCCACUGUAACUGAAAUUAUGGCCAUUGAAACAAAGAAGAGAGGGUCUUCAAAAGUGGCUCAAAAGCAACCUGUUCAUAGGAAGUCUAUUGACACUUUUGGGCAAAGAACUUCACAGUAUAGAGGUGUCACAAGGCAUAGAUGGACUGGUAGAUUUGAAGCACAUUUGUGGGACAAUAGUAGCAAGAAGGAAGGACAGACCAGGAAAGGAAGGCAAGUUUAUCUGGGAGGCUAUGACAUGGAAGAGAAGGCUGCAAGAUCUUAUGAUCUUGCUGCCCUUAAAUACUGGGGACCCUCAACCCACAUCAACUUCCCGUUGGAGAAUUACCGGCAAGAACUCGAGGAUAUGAAGAACAUGACCCGCCAAGAAUUUGUUGCUCACUUGAGAAGGAAAAGUAGUGGGUUUUCUAGGGGCGCUUCGAUGUACAGAGGAGUGACAAGGCAUCAUCAGCAUGGAAGAUGGCAAGCUCGGAUUGGCAGAGUUGCCGGAAACAAGGAUCUUUAUCUUGGCACAUUCAGCACUCAAGAGGAAGCAGCAGAAGCAUAUGACAUAGCUGCAAUCAAGUUCCGCGGAUCAAAUGCUGUCACUAACUUUGACAUAUCGCGAUACGAUGUGGAAAGGAUUAGUGCCAGUAAUACUCUACUUGCCGGAGAGCUAGCUAAGCGAAACAAAGAGAGAGAACCAAACAUUGCGACCAUUGAAUACAACCCUUCUACUAAGAACAAUGAUGACAAUGGGAAUAGCUCAGAUUGGAAAAUGGUGGCUUGCCAAAAUGCAUGUGUGAGCUCUGUCGAUGAAAAACAGCUCGGCAAUGGGAAUUAUCGGAACUCUUCUUUCACUGUGGCAUUGCAGGACUUGAUUGGGAUUGAUACAGUGAAUACUAGCCAGCAAAUCAUGGAUGAGUCGGCGAAGCUCGGGACUCAUUUUUCGAAUCCUUCCUCUUUAGUUACAAGCUUGAGCAGCUCAAGGGAAGCUAGCCCGGAUAAGACCGGUCCCUCAAUGCUCUUUGCAAAACCGCCAUUGGCUUGGAUUCCAUCGGCUCAGCUGAGGGCUGCUGCUCCAAUCUCAAUGGCUCACUUGCCUGUUUUUGCUGCUUGGAAUGAUACCUAAAGGCUGUCUAUGUUUGGUUACAUGUAAAGUCUUUGAAUGAACAAAGAAAGGAAAGGAAAAGAAAAGAAAGAAAUUGUUGGUGUUGGGUGGGGAAAAAGAUAAGGGGAUGUAGGAUUUUGGCUCAGUUUUUUAAAGGUCUUUAGCGGGAUGAAAAUGGGGAUUAAAAUAGAAGACAAGGGUGGGGACCCAGUUAUCUGUAUGUAACCCAAGUGUUUGAAGCUUUUCCUAACUGAAAACUUUUGGUUAAUAUUGAAUGAAGAUUUUGCAGAA